GGCGGGUCCUACCACCGCUCAGCGGGGGGAGGGGGGGGUCGGAGCGGAGCGGGGACCAUGGGGCUCUUCCUCUUCCUCCUCCUCCUCGCUCCCUUCGGUGCCCCUGUCCCGGAUGCGGAGGAGCCCGAGGAAUACACGGAAUGCACGGACGGUUACGAAUGGGACCCCGAGACUGAGCAUUGCAAAGACAUCGAUGAGUGCUCCCUGGGGCCGCCCCCCCCCUGCCGCGGGGCCAUGAAGUGCCUGAACCACUUCGGGGGUUACCUGUGUCUGCCGCGCUCCGCUGACGUCAUCGGCCCCGCCCCCUUGGCCCCGCCCCCUCCUCCCCUCCCCGACCGCGGGUUCUGCCCGCCCGGGUUCAGCCCCGCCCCCGACGGCACGUGCCAAGAUGUGGACGAGUGCUCGGGGCCCCCCCCCUGCCGGCCCAGCCAGGACUGCAUCAACCUCCCGGGGGGGUUCGAGUGCCGCUGCCCCCCCGGGUACCGGCACCAGCGCACGGAGUGCGUCGACGAGGACGAGUGCCGGUUCCGCUGGUGCCAGCACAGUUGUGCCAACUCCCCUGGAGCCUUUUCCUGCCGCUGCCAUCCCGGGUUCCGCCUGGGCCCCGACGGCCGCUCCUGCCUCGAUGUGGACGAGUGCUCCAUGGGUGCCCGUUGCUCCCAGCGCUGCCUCAACACCUUCGGCUCCUUCCGGUGCCGCUGCCGGAGCGGGUUCCUGCUGCAACCGGAUGGGGCCGGAUGUGAGGACGUGGACGAGUGCGCGGGGGGGGCCGGACUGUGCCAGCACCGCUGCCAGAACAGCCCCGGGGCCUUCACCUGCCUCUGCCCCCCCGGCUAUGGGGUGGAUGGGGUGACCUGCGUGGACGUGGACGAGUGCUCCGAGGGCACCCAUGGGUGCUCGGGGGCCCAGAGCUGCAUCAACACCUUUGGGGGGCAUCGCUGCGUCCCCCGCGAGCUCUGCCCUGCCCCAUAUGUGCCCCAUCCCAGCACCCCCCGGACGUGCGUGUGCCCCGGGGGGCUCCGCGCAUGCGCCCCCCGCCCGCGAUGGUUCCUCCCUCGGUUCUUGGCCCUCCCCAACGUCCCCGACCCCCCCCGCGGCCUGUUCCAGAUCCAGCGGCCCCCGGGGAGCCCACAGCGACUGCGCCUGCGCGGGGGACCCCCGGGAGCCUUCCGCCUGCGGGACCUGUCCAAUCAGAGCGCGCUCCUGGAGCUGACCCGCCCCCUCCCGGGGCCUCUGCACGUGGUGCUGGACGUGGAGCUGCUGCCCCCCCACGGGGCCCCGCCCCCUCCGGAGGCCCCGCCCCCCACAGAGACCACGCCCAUCCUCGAGGCCCCGCCCCCUCCCGGCCCCGCCCUGGCGCUGCUCCGGCUCCACCUGUCCCUGGGGGAGCACCCGUUCUAA